UGUUAUUUAUUACACGUGUUGAUGUAAUUCUGGAACCUGUUAGCGUAAGAAUAAUUGGAGAUAGUUUAAUCAUUAAAAAUGGCUGAAACGAAAAAACCUCUGUUUAGGGAUAUAACAGCGGAAGAUGACGAUCCAGAAAUCACAGAAAUUGAAAGUUUGUGUGUGAACUGUGAAGAACAGGGUGUCACGAGAUUAUUUUUGACAAGAAUUCCGUUCUUUCAAGAAGUCAUCGUUUCUUCAUUCAACUGUGACCACUGUAAUUAUAAAAAUGCCGAACUUCAACCUGGAGCCAAAAUACAAGAUUAUGGUGUCAGCUACACAGUUAAAAUCAAAACUCCAAAUGAUUUGAAUCGACAAGUUGUACAAUCAAGUUAUGCAACUGUCAAGAUACCAGAAUUAGAAUUUGAAGUUCCACCCAAUAAAGGUGUCUUGACAACAGUGGAAGGCAUCAUAGACCGAGCUGUCACUGGUCUUCUUCAAGAUCAAGUACUGAGAAAAAUCCAGCACCCCGAAGCAGCGGCUAAAAUUGAGGAAUUUACGAAAAAGUUGGAGAAAUUGAAAGAGCUAGACGAACCUUUCACGUUGAUUGUUGAAGAUCCGACAGGUAACAGUUUCGUUGAAAAUCUACAUGUACCAAACAAAGAUCCUGAUAUGAAAAUCAAUCGAUACAAACGCAGUGCGGCUCAGAAUGAAGAGCUCGGAAUGAUGGAAGGUUCUGACGUGGAUGGGCCGAACACGGAGACAGUGGAAAAAGAUGAAAUCAUUCAGUUGCCAUCAAACUGUCCAAAUUGUAACUCCCCUUGCACCAUUAACAUGAAGAUGGUAGACAUUCCAAAUUUUAAAGAAGUGGUGAUUAUGGCGUGUAAUUGCGACGCUUGCGGAUAUCGUGAUAAUGAGGUGAAGGGGGCGAGCGGAAUGCAGGAGAAGGGCGUGAGGAUAACUCUACAUAUAACAGAUAAAUCAGACCUUAGUCGAGACUUGUUAAAAACUGAAACCAGCUCUAUCAGUAUCCCUGAACUCGAGCUCGAAUCACAGAUGGGAACAUUGGGGGGUAAAUUUACUACAGUUGAAGGUAUUCUAAUUAACAUCCGUGAUCAACUAGGGGCCAAUCCUUUCAUGGUCGGCGACAGCUCAACUGGUAAUAAAGUCAAAAAAUUUUGUGAUGAUGUAGACGAGAUUAUCCAGGGAAAUAGAUUAAACGUUCAUUUAAUCCUUGAUGAUCCAGCCGGAAAUAGUUAUCUUCAGAAUGUUUAUGCUCCUGAAGACGACCCAGAAAUGAAAGUGGAACAUUAUGAGCGAACAUUUGAACAGAACGAGGAGUUAGGUUUGAACGAUAUGAAAACAGAAAAUUAUGAUUAGCGUUAUUGUAGGCCUACGUGUAUAGGCAUGCCUUAAAGAUGCAUUAUGUAAGAGCUAAAUCUUCUUAUUGCAAUUUUUAUUUUGGCUUCAAAUGUUAUAAAAACUAUUAUUUCUGUAGACAUUUAUUCACAUGACUAGCCUAUAAUCAACUCCCAAGGCUAUCAGAUGGCAUAGAUUUUAAACGGAUUGAAAUACGAUCACAAUUUAAUGAUUUAAUUCAAACAGUGGUAACAUCGCUCAGAAUAAAGUAAUUUGAAUGAAAUUUUUAAUAUAUUAAUUUUGAAUUAUCUAUUUUGGAACUAUAAAAGCAAGAACGCCAGCUCUUUCGUGAUCUUAAUCUUACAUAAUGUAUCUUUAAAGACAGAGUUACAAUAUAUGCUAUGUUGAAUGGAACAAUAAGGUUUUUAGCGUAAAUAAAUUGAUUCAUGUUAAGAAGAUUCAACUCAUGUCAACCACUGUUGUUUAUUUAUAAAUAUAAAUUAUAUUUACCAUAAUUUAAUGUGUCUUG